AUGGGUAGCGAAGUCGGCAUGCCGUUUGAUGCCCAGACAGGGCCGGCCUCAUCUGAACGUCGACCGGAGCCGUGGAGGGGAACUCGGAGGCCCGAUUCAGGGGAGGGCAUGGGUUCUGAUGUCAAGCACCUAGAGGUAGCGAGACGGAACCUCAAGACGGCUAAGACGGUGGCCAGAAGGGGGCCAUCGGAGGACAAGACCAGCAGAGCUUGGCGAGAGAAGAACACCGGAUACGCGGAGAUGUUGGGAGAGUGCCACAAUGCUGGGCAGAAGGCUUGGCCUUUGGAGUCUGAAGGAGACGGCGUGCCCGAGAGGAGUGACUUUUGA